AUGGAACGUUUCUUGGCUCCAGCUGAACUUCCUACUGUUGCGCGCGACGUAUGCAUGGAAGUUAUUCGACGAGGUCAAAGAUUAACUCAAUUCUGUCGGAGGCUUGGUGAAGAAAAACAAUUCGCAUUUGGUUCAUUAUUCUUUCCCUCAAUUCCAGACAGCAUAUGGGAUGACGGUGGCCUUUGUGGACAGGAUUAUAAACAGGUGAUCCAACACCUUCGUGAAAAGAAUAUUACAGAGUUAUCAGAAAGAAAGAAUGCAAAUUGCGUGGCACAAGCUCUGCUCGAAUUCCAUGCCGAUUUCGUCUGUGCUCCAGAGCCUGAAUCACACAUCUCCAAGAAAGCGAAAGGACGAAACCGACACCCGAAAGGGACCAAGCGGCAACACCAGGACAGUUCGUCGAACGCGGAUGCUCAUCAUCAAGAAUAUUCUGAGUCAGAUGUAGAUCCCAGCAUUAAAUCACAACGGAUGGCAAUAAACUACCCUCCAUAUCUAGCGGGAACAGACAGAUCGUUACAAGAACAAACUCUAGAAGCUGGCUCCCAGGAAGACAUAGGCGACGGGGAACUCCACGCACCUCCUAGCUCGUACCCUCCUUACUCUUCGACAUUGGAUGACCCUCCUGCUGGCGCAGAGACAUUUGCGAGGCCGUUUGAGCCAGAGCUUGAUAUUACCCACCUCGAUUUCUUCAAUCCUGACCUCGACAUGGCGUAUCUUGAUUUCUCUGGUCCAAUCGGAGACACCACAGAUCCCCGCUGUUUUUGA